AUGAGUGACGAGGCAGACGCUGAGGCGGCGGCAGUGUUUGCGCCAAUCAACGGACUGCUGGGGAAGCCGACGGUGCUGGCCCGCGUCGUGGCGUUUGCUGGGUCGGUGGAUACGCGAGUGCUGGUGUGCCUCAACCGCAAUUGGGCGCGGGAGAUGAUGAAGCCGUCCGUGUGGGAGAUCUCGGCUGGUGUCCCGUACGAGCCGCUGCUGAUCAAUUGCUUCCGUCGCGCGGCCAACUAUUGCUACCGCGAGGUAGACGCCCCUUCCCCAAACGUCAACCGGAGAGGAUCGCCACCUGCUAUCCGGGCGUGUCUGUUGAACGAGCGCACGUCCAUGCGGGAAUACGUGCACGACUUGAAGCUCAUGACGGCAGAAAACGAGUGGUUUGAUAAAUCCCCGAGUGUGCUCGGAUUGAGUGACGUGCCAGAAGUGAGAAAUGACGUGCACCACAACGCGCGGACAGCGUUUCAGAACCCGAAGCUGUUGAGCACGCAAUUCAGUCGAAGUCAAGAUGCACGACUAGUAUCGGGCGCUGUUGAUCAAGAGCGUGCGAACUUUUACUUGUGGUCGCUUGAAAAGCAGCAACUGCGCGCGUCGAUGACACAAGCCAAUGCUUCGUGCUAUGAUGUGUGUGACGAAGCCCUCGCCGUGGGCUGCACCGAUGGUGCGGUCAAGAUUUGGAGCUUCUCGUCGCUUGAGAGCCGCAAGUUUGAUGCAACACCAGUAGUGAACGCUUCGCCCACUACGUCAAUCUCCCACCGCUCUAGCCUAGGAAUGGUCCCUUUCAUCAGAACGCGAGCGAAAGACAAGGUGGUGAACGUCAAAAUUGACCACAACGACGGCGCUUUCUUGCAUCUGGCAACCUCGACGGAGAAAGGGGAAGCAAAUAUCUGGGACGUGACAAAGGGCGAAAUCAUCGUGUCCAUCCCGUCCAGCAAAAUCCACAAGUCGAUGCUGCCUCGGUCACAGAGAGAGACAUGUCCGCAGAUCACGAGUCUGAUGUUGCUCCGUAAUACGCUCGUCUGCGGCACAUCGUGUGGCCUCAUUCGUGUCUUCGAUUUGCGCAGCAGCCGACUUACACAUCGACUCGCUGGCCACCCUGGUGCUGUGGUCAAUGCAGAUACUAAAGGCCGGGUGUUGUGGUCAGCGGGUAGUGAAGGCACCGUUCGAUGGUGGGGCGGAAAAAGUGCAAAGAUAUUGCCAAGGUCGGCUUUGUGCGAAGGCACAAUCUCGGCCCUUGAGAUGGAUGAGACCGUAGUCGUUGCAGGCUAUUCGGAGCAGGGUAUGGAGGCUUGGGAUGUGCGGACUCAACAAACGCUGUGUACAUUCAGCAACCAAAAACACGGAGGCGUUCGAGCGCUUCAGUUUGACAACCGCAAGCUUAUUAGUGUGUCCACAACCGGCAAGGCGGCGCUGUGGAGAUGGUAUGAGCCCAAUCCUGUGCGAUGGUUUGAACCUCCGAAUCCCUCGGCUCGCUUCGUCUCGACAAAGUUCAAUGACCGACACCUUGUGUUUGGUACCGACUACGGAGAGCUUGUGGAUUACGACCGGCUCGCCUCGGUUAUUUAG